AUGACUCCCGACCCACAUCCACCCGUCCUGUCCGAUGACGACGACUCUGACGACGACUUUGAAAGCGCAUCCGAGGGCGAGCAGGAACAAGAACUGGAACGCGACUCUCUCUUGAAUACUCCUGCUGCCAAGGUCUUGGCUCCGGUUCAGGAGCCGGUUCAGCAUGCUGCAGUCAGACAACAACCGGUGCCUUUGCAACCAACACCUCAAUCACCCUCACCCUCACCACCACAACAACAACAAGCCCAGCAACAUGAACCGCUCUCGUCCAUCAACUCGCACUCGCACCACAACAACCUGCAUUCGGACGCAUCUCCUAGACUGGACACCAUGUCACUCAAAGACAGGACGGCAACUGCUGGCCCCGCAGUGCUUUCUCGCCACGCUUCAAUCGACACUCCCCCAACACAAACGCCAACCCGCGUGCAGGAGCGUGUCCUGUCUCAAAAGCGACUUGACGACCCACAGAGACCGACGUCGCCUCCUACUUCAACUCGGGGUUAUCCCAAACAGUUUUCAACUCCAGGACCCCCUUCUCAACCUCCUUCACCUUCGUUGUCGACCAAACCUCCAUUGGCCCCCUCAUUUUCAAGCACACAGCAACAGCAACCUCCUCGACCGCAACAACAACACCAGCAGCAACAACAGCAACAAUACUUUGGAUCCAGCCAAUCGCCUUACCAGCAGCAAAGCGGGCCAAGGCCAAGCGAUCCUUCUGUAGCCGCAAGGAAUAAGCAGCAGCAAGAGGCAGGCCACGGCUGGGGAUCUCUGGGUUCCUGGAUCAACACCGCUGUCAGCACUGUCAGCGAGGUCAUUGAGAACCCCAACGUGGUGGUUUCCAAAGCCCAUACAAUCGGUCAGGGUAUCCGCAACGUGGCAAAUGAGCACAUUGACAAGGUGUACGAGUCUCUCGAUCCACAAUACGAGUAUGAGCGGGAGCGCCAGAAGCAGCAGCCAACAAAGCAGCAACAACAACAUCCACAGCAGCAACCCAACCAACAACCUCCUAGCAACAACACGAGUACUUCUCCCCAGUCGAAGAACGAACCCCGCAAGCUUGACAUCUCUGAUCUGUUGCAGUCAACCCAAUCGCCAAGGCAACCCAGCCCACCCCUGGCACGGCCAACCUCAGAUGUCAACAAAAAUGGCGUCUCUCGCUCACAGGGCAAGCUGGCAUAUAACGAGGAUGCUAUUGACGCUUCGGCCGACGCCUGGGGUGAUGAUGACGCCUGGGGCGAUGACUGGGAUGGUCAAGCGGUUGUCUAUAAGGCUGAACCAACGACGAUGCCAUCAUCCGCAGUUAAACAACCAACCAUGUCGCCACCUUCGGACAACCCCCAGGAGAAGCCAGGUUUUGGUUUCCAGACCCAGCAAGCGGAUCGUCAGCAGGAUAGCUUCCGCCCACAAAGUCGAGAUAACCAGUAUUUAGCAGAGUCAGGCAGGGACGUGAAGAAUUUGUUUGGAUCUCCUCGGUCUGGCAGUCUCUCUUCGGGUCAAGAUUCUCGCACCGCCAGCAACCUUUCUGUGCCGCAAUCCACCGAUUCACCUCACGCGGACUCGCCCUCUCACCGGAGACCCUCCUCUGAUCUGCGACCUGCGGAGGCAUUAUUUUCGACACUUGAUUUUGCGUCGAACGCCAUCGGCAGUGCCGUUCUUGGGGUUCACAGGAAGGUCACCCAGGCAGGGCAAUCUCAACAGCCAAAGAACGGAUCAGGCUUAGAAUUUCAACCUACAAGAAGCGCAUCCUCAGCAUGGGGUACACCUCAGCGUCGGGAGUCUACUGACAGCACAAAGGAAGUUUCAGACAAGAUGGAUCGUCUGGCGCUCUCCAACCCGACUUUGGAGGCUGUGGGUGGCAAUGUUGUCAGCACUGGUCUUGGAGCCUUGGAGAUUCUAGGCAAGAGGGCAGUCGAUGUUAUUUCCGAUGUGGUCCCGCCCAGGAUGAACAUUGUUGCCAUGUUUGAGGAGUCAGGAGGCAAGGCUCACCUUGUGUCUCUCAGAUCUUUGGCAUCUGCAGCGUCCACACGUGUGAAUGCUAUCACUGCCUCCCGACCAGAUUUUCUCAACGUUGGCCAAUUGGACGAUUUGGAACAACUCUUGGAGCCGCAGGCUUUGGACUCUGCAGUAAACGAACCGAUUGCUGAUCUUUUGGCUGGACACAAGGACUUUCGCGCGAUGGUGGCACUUUUGGAACAGAUGGGAGUCCACGGUACCACUCAUUUGAGACAGCUCAGGAACUGUACACGGAAACUUUCUACACUUGUCCCCGACAAUGUCAAUGCCUUUGAGCAAGAGUGGCAUAAUCAUCAGACAAGAGCAAGUGAGAAGGACUUUUUCGCACGGGGGCCGAUCAAAAAGUUUUUCGAGUCGAGGCUGCUGACGGUUUACUUUGACGGCCUGCGAGCAUUGACCCAGUUCACAGACAAGACGUGCGAUCAGAUAUUGAGACUUGGCGAGAGCUUCAACAUUCGAGUGGCGGAAAAGUCUGCAAACUCCUCUUCACUCUCCACCGACAGUGACGAUGCCUCAAAGUUGGCAACUCUAGCACUGGCAAAAGUUCUUCAGAAACUCAUUGGAAGCCUUAUUGCAGAGACAAAAUUCAUUUCCAGGCAGUACCGACAGUCACUGGAUGCUAUUCUGCAGACUGCCAAAGGAUUGACGACACCCCUGGACAACCUUGACUGGGAAGAUUUGGCAAUGGGGUUGGACAGGAUCAAGUCCUUGUUGACGGAUACGGAGACAGUCGAGGCGAUCGGUUUUAUUCAUUCGGGAGCCCUCUGUGUUUUGGAGGUGUUGCGAAACGACCUAUUGAUUGAUGUUGCGUAUGGCAAGUUGACGCCUACUGCUCGCAAGCCCCGUUCUCGACCUACCGUACCAGUGGAUGCAAAGCGCGCUCAGUCAGCUGCCCCUGGCGCUCGCCCUGCUUCCAGACCAACGUCGACAUCAUCGACCUCAGCGGCAGCAGCAGCAGUAACUUCCACGAUAGUACCAGGACGUCGCCCUUCAACAGCAUCCAGUGAUCAAAGGGUGGCAUCUCCAUCUCCUAGGAUGUCGCCCAUGAUGUCACCUUCACCCAGGAUAUCGCCCAUGAACCGACAAUCUCCCUCGCCUUCUCCUUCACUGAAGCCGUCGCCUGGACUGUUUGGAGGACAGCCUCCUCACCCCUCAUUCUCGCCUUCUCUUCGACCAGCGACUGUUGCUCAAGCUGGACAGUCAGGACAACCUCGAUCAUUCCCUUCGCCUUCUUUGCGACCGGUGCAACAACAGCAACAGCAACAACCAUCACAACAACAACAUCAGCAUGCGAAUGCUCAGGGUUUAUCAUCCCGUCUUUCUUCUUCGCCUGCAUUAAGAGCAACACAGGGCACAGGACAGCCCCGCCCACCGAUGAUGGCUGCACGACCCAAGACACCUGUCUCGCAACCGUCGACGGCAGCUCCGAGCCGUGUUGGCUCUGCAAGUGCAGGAGGAGCAGGAGCAGCAAUGCCUCAGAACCCGAACCCGCACUCGUAUUCGUUGUAUCCACGUCCCCCUCCUGUGCAACGCCCACCUGUCAAAGAGGAAGAGGACUUUUUCAGCAUCUUGAAUGGCGCGUAA